AUGACCCAAGACGCCGACGACUUUGAGCCACUCGCUCUCAACAACCACCCCGGUGGAGACGAUUGCGGGGUAGAGACUAAAGACCUCCACUUAAUAACCAGAUUUCACACAGAAGAUGACCUGGACAUCUUGAUCAAGGAGCUUGAAGAGGAAGAUGGCAAAGAUCCUGGCCCAGAAGUCCUGCCGAUCGGCCCUGGUACCGACAUCCAUAUUCUCACAAAGAUUCCUACAACAGACCUCAAAACAGGCCUCAAUGAGGUAGAAGUGGAUACUGGACGACGAAAGCACGGAUGGAACACCUUGAAAGAGGAACGCCAGAGCAAGGUGGUUAAGUUCCUCAAGCUCUUUGUCGGGCCGGUGCAGCUUGUUAUGGAGGUUGCGGUUUGUCUCUCCGCCUAUUUGCGCGACUGGAUUGACUUUGGCGUGAUCUCGGGACUCCUGUUGCUCAAUGCUGUUGUGGGCUUUAUCCAAGAAUACCAGGCCGAAAACAUUGUUGAUGCCCUAAAGAAAACACUUGCACUCAAAGCGACCGUUAUACGAAAUGCAACGACGGUCGAAAUUCCCGUCAAAGACUUAGUUCCUGGCGAUGUUGUUUUUCUUGAAGAGGGAGUUAUUGUUCCGGCUGAUGGAUUCCUCGUGUCUAAAAAUGCACACCUCCAGGUUGAUCAAUCUGCAAUCAGCGGAGAGUCCCUUGCCGUGGACAAGCGUUCAAACGAUCCAUGCUUUGCAUCUUCCACCAUCAAACGUGGCGAGGCAUUCAUGGUAAUCACUGAUAUCGGUGACAAGACGUUUGUUGGAAAGGCUGCAGCCCUUGUGAACAAAGCAAGCAAUCGAAAAGGCCACUUCACGGUUGUCCUUGACGGAAUAUCAAGAGUUUUGAUGACCCUUGUGAGCUUUUCGCUACUCCUGGUAUGGAUCAGCGCAUACUACCGGUCCAACGAGAUUCGAUUGAUCCUGGAAUUCACACUGGCAAUCACUGUUAUUGGGGUCCCAGUUGGCCUUCCUGCAGUUGUGACCACCACCAUGGCCGUCGGUGCCUCUGAACUUGCCCGAAAGUCCUGUAUUGUCCAGAGGCUUUCCGCCAUUGAAUCCCUGGCCGGUGCAGAGAUUCUAUGUUCUGACAAAACCGGUACACUGACCCGCAAUAAAUUGGCUCUGGGUGACCCGUUCACUCUUCCAGGGGUUAAAAUUGAUGAUUUGAUCGUCACUGCUUGCUUGGCAGCUAGUCGGAAGAAGAAGGGUCUUGACGCUAUUGAUCGUGUUUUCAUUAAAAGUCUGAGGAGAUAUCCAGAUGCCAAGGCUCAGAUGGCCGUGCACAGGACCAUCCGUUUCUAUCCUUUUGAUCCAGUCUCGAAGAAAAUCACUGCUGUUGUGCAGAGUCUUGGCGGGCAGCAGAUGAUCUGUGUGAAAGGAGCCCCAAUGUCGGUCUUGCGCACUGUCCAGAAUGAUCAUCCUGUGCCUGAGCAGGUUGAGAAUUCAUACAGAGAGAAGGUGGCUGAGUUUGCCAGUCGUGGAUUUCGGGCCCUCGGGGUUGCUCGCAAGACUGGCGAGCAGUGGAAAAUUCUCGGGAUCGUGCCCUGCCUGGAUCCUCCUCGUUAUGAUACCAAGCAAACCAUCAACGAAGCGCAGAAGUUGGGGCUUCGCAUCAAAAUGCUCACCGGGGAUGCCGUGGGAAUCGCAAGAGAGACUGCUCGUUCACUUGGGCUGGGCACUAACAUAUACAAUGCGGAACGCCUUGGCGUGACUGGGGCCGGUGAUCUACCUGGAUCCGAGGUCAAUGACUUUGUAGAAGCUGCAGAUGGCUUUGCUGAGGUGUUCCCGGAGCAUAAAUAUAAGGUUGUGGAAAUUCUGCAGCAGCGUGGGCACUUGGUUGCCAUGACGGGGGACGGGGUCAACGAUGCACCAUCUCUCAAAAAGGCUGACACUGGCAUUGCUGUUGAAGGGUCCUCAGACGCUGCCCGGUCCGCUUCGGACAUUGUCUUCCUCCAACCUGGACUCUCUGCCAUAAUUGACGCUAUCAAGUGUUCUCGUCAAAUUUUCCACAGGAUGUACGCCUACGUGAUCUACCGUAUUGCACUGUCGCUCCAUCUUGAGUGUUUCAUGGGGCUAUGGAUCAUAAUAUUGGAUCAGACUCUUGAUGUCCGCCUGGUGGUUCUGAUCGCCAUCUUUGCCGAUAUUGCUACCCUGUCCAUCGCAUACGACAAUGCGCCAUAUGCCGAAUACCCUGUCCAAUGGAACCUGCACCAGCUUUGGGGUAUUGCUGUAAUACUCGGCGUGAUCCUCGCUAUAGGUUCUUGGGUUGCAUUCGGCACUAUGCUUUUGCAAGGGGAGAAAGGAGGUAUCGUGCAGCAGUUCGGCGCCCGUGACGCUGUCCUGUUCCUCGAGAUCGCAUUGACCGAGAACUGGUUGAUCUUCAUCACACGUCUGAACACCAGUGAGCAUGGCACCCUCUUGAAAGAUCCCCCAUCCUCGGCACUCAUUGUGGCAGUCUUGGCUGUGGACUUUGCAGCAACCCUCAUCUGUCACUAUGGUAUCUUUCUCCAUACUCCAACCUCCUGGUUGUCCAUUGCUCGGGUCUAUAUUUUCUCCAUGGGUAUCUCUACUGUUUGCGGCACCUUGUACGUGGUAUUGAAGCGCUCCAAAGUUUUCGAUGACCUGAUGCACGGCCGAUUCUUCCACCGCCCCUACCACCAGCGAGAGAAUGAGGAUUUUGGACUGACCCUGAACCGAAUGGCAGCAGAACAUGAGCAUACUGUCUAG